UAACUUUUAAGUAUUUCAACUGCAGAAAGAACAAAAACAUUUUUUAGAUUGCCCGUUUCUUUGUUGGUGCUAGUGCGACUAUAUUUCAAGUGCUUGAAACCAUCUUAUUUUUCAAUCACCAUCCUACCUCUUCGUCAACACCAACCACCUCUUGAACCAUAAGUAGUCCGAUAUAUUUACAGGCAACGAGCAGUCUUCCUCAACGAGAGAGAGAGAGAGAGAGAGAGAGAGAGAGAGAGAGAGAGAGAGAGAGAGAGAGGCGGCAUGGCGACCAGUGGCGUGCUCCCCGUCGUGGACCUGGCGCCUUUCUUCACCGGGGAUGAGGGCGGCAUGACCCGCGCCACCGAGGCCAUGCUCGAGGCGUGCCGCACGCUCGGGUUCUUCCGUGCCGUUAACCAUGGCAUGCCGGCAGAGCUCAUGACUCGAGCGCUCGAGCUGUCGGCAGCGUUCUUCGAGCUGCCGGACGACGAGAAGGUUAAGGUCCGGCCUGUGGAGGGGUCCCAGGCGCCCCUCACAGCUGGUUACGGGCGGCAUCCGGUGCAUUUGGUGGACAGGUAUGAGUACGUGCGAGCUUGUCAUCCUCGGCACGGGCUCAACUUGUACUACCCCGCUGAGACAGCCGGUUUCAGAGAAGCAAUGGAGUGCUAUGCUAAGCUCACCGAGCUGGGGCUGCUCAUCCAAGAUAUCUUGAACGACUGCAUGGGACUCCCGCCGGGCUUCCUCAAGGACUACAACAACGACCGCUGCUUAGACGUCAUGGUAGCGCUGCGGUACUUGCCGUCGACGGAGGAGGAGAAGAUCGGCCUCAGCGAGCACGAGGACGGGAGCUGCAUCAGCUUCCUCUUCCAGGACGAUGUCAGGGGCCUCGAGGUCCUCAAGGACGGCCACUGGAUCCCGGCAGAACCCGUCCACGGCAGCAUCAUCGUGAACAUAGGCGAUGUCUUAAGGGUGCUGAGCAACAAUAAGUUGAAGAGCGCGACUCACCGGGUGGUGAGGAAGCCGGUGCACAGGCACUCGUUCGGAUUUUUCUGGUCCAUCCACGGUGACAAGUUGAUUGAGCCACUGCCGGAGUUCACGGCCAAGAUCGGCGAGGCGCCGCAGUACAGAGGGUUUCUGUACAACGAGUAUAUGCAGAAGUUUAUGAGGAGCAGGACCCAUCCGCAGUCCAGGCCCGAGGAUUCCUUCAACGUCAGCCACUAUGCCAUCUAGCUCGGGGAAAUGGCUUUCGAUGCUCGAGACAAUGUAUGGAUCGUGUGUCAUACCGGUAUAUGUUUGUAUUUUCUUUCAUGAUGUUACCCCAUUAGAGCCUGUGUAUUAUCUUCUUCUUGAAAUAAAUGGCAGUACUCAUGUCUUUAUUUUAAAAAGUAAAAAGUGGUAAUGUAUGUACUCGAAGUAUCAGUUGUUAUGCUAUCAAUUGCCGAUGGGUGCUAUGCUUGGCAUGUGUGACACCACGUUCACACACCAUUGCUCUAAUACCAAGGGAAAAUUUUAUUA